AAAUAGAAAAAGUCAAAUAAAAUAAAAUAAAUAUAAUUAUCUGCAUUCAAACAACACUAAAAUAUUUGACAUAAGCACAAUCCCCGUUUAGUUUGAAGGUUGUCUGUGGUUAAAGAGCUAUUACUUGGUUUUAACUUUUAGAUCAAUCGCUGUUAAAAGGAGAUCGAAAAUGUCGGAAUCACCUGGACGUCCCAUGAAGUUCCCCUACACCUUUUCAGCCAAAAUAGCACAGUUUCCUAUGAAAUUCUACUUGGAGAAACAAUGGAUAUGGAAGUACUGGGUGGUUGGUAUUGCUGUUGCUGCACCAGUCUUCUACAAGAUACAUAAGAUGGCUAACUCCCCCGAGAAUGUCAGCAAGUGGGCUGAAAUCAGGAGGAAGGAGGCGGCAGCCCACCACUAGAUCAAAGAAUCAUGAAACAUCAUUAUUUACAUUAUAAGCAUAAAUAAAAUCAUGUUAUAGUUGUA